UUUCCUUCUGAUUUGUAAGAGAACAGAAAAAAUGAAAACUUCACAUUGUUUUCUUCGUUGUCAUGGCUUAAUCAUUUUGCUUCUUGUUAUGUUUCUUUCAUCGGUUUCUAAUCUUGCAACAAAAAUCAAUGGUUCUUUUGAUGCAAGAGGCACUAAAAUCGACAGUGAUCCGAAACGUAUCUCCAAUUCAAAGGGUGGAGGAGAACGGGGCAAAGAAUAUCCUCUGUGCGGUUUGAAUAACCCGUCUGAGGAUGGUAUCAUAUAUGCACCAUUUUGUGAUAAAGGAUAUGUUUUUUCUCAGAUCAAAUUCGCUGACUAUGGUCAGCCCAGUGGUUCAUCAUGUGAAACACUUAAACGUGGAAACUGCGGCGCGCCAGCUACUUUGAGACUCGUCAAAGAGAAUUGUCUUGGAAAAGAACGGUGUAGGAUUUAUAUUACAGAUGAGAUGUUUGGGCCGACGCAUUGUAAAGGACCUGUUAACUUCGUUUUUUCUGCUAUUUCUUCGAAAAUGGACGUAAACUAUGAUGCAAGAGGCAUCAAAAUAGAAGUUGGUCGGAAACAUAAUCUCUCUGAUUCCAUUCCUAACCCUCGUAGUGAGUUUGGGAGUUAUCUUCCUACGUUGGGCAAUCAGAUUCCAGUUUGUCGUCACCAAAACAGGUCUAGGGCCCCUGUAUUGAUGUUUGAUUGCAAAGAGAAAGGAUAUGUUUUCACAAAGAUCAAUUUCGCCGACUAUGGCCAUGCAAGUGGUGAUUGUGGUAACUUUAGACGUGGUAAUUGCGGCGCACCCGAUACCUUGAGGCUCGUCAAAAAGAAUUGUCUUGGAAAAUGGCAGUGUAUACUUCUUUUGGGGAGAGGGGACGAGAUGUUUGGUCCGACACAUUGCAAGAGUCCUCCUUGUUUAGCUUCAAAGAUCGAUGUUUCUGAUGAUGCACGAGGCAUCAGAAUCGGCGGUGACCAGAAACGUUUUCUCACUAAUUCUCCUCAACAUGGCAAGGAACAUGUAGCGUGUACGAAUGAAGAACCUGAUCUCGGUCCUCUGACGCUGAUUUCUUGCAACGAACCUGGAUAUGUUAUUACAAAGAUCAAUUUCGCUGAUUAUGGCAAUCCCAUUGGUACAUGUGGACACUUUAGACACGGCAAUUGCGGUGCACGAGCUACCAUGAGGAUCGUCAAAAAGAAUUGUCUUAAAAAAAAGAGUGUUACCUUUUGGUUACGGAUGAGAUGUUUGGUCCGAGCCACUGCAAAGGAGCUUCCAAGCUCGCUGUUGAAACCACAUGUACACUAGCUUAGGUUUCAUCAUAUUGCCUAUAUAUAGAGAUAUCUUCAAGUGUUUUUUUCCAUCUUAUAAUCUCUCAAACCCGUUGUAUGAGCCGAUGUACUGAUAUCGAUGGUCGACAUGAGCGAUCAUAUGAGGAUUGGAAGUUGGUUUUUUUUUUGAUUAAGUUCAUUAAUAAGGUUUCUUUUUCUUA